AUGUCAUCUGAACUUGAACCGCAUAUAUUGAAACGUUUUGAAAUUGAAAAGAGAAUAGGAAAAGGAGCCUACGGUAUUGUCUGGAAAGCAAUCAAUCGUAAAACCAAAGAAGUGGUCGCAUUGAAAAAGAAUUUCGAUGCAUUUCGUAAUCAAACAGAUGCUCAAAGAACAUUUCGUGAAAUUGCAUUUUUACAAGCAUUCGGUAAUCAUCCAAAUAUUAUUGGAUUAUAUAAUGUCAUAAGAGCGGAAUGUGACAAAGAUAUUUAUCUGGUAUUUGAAUAUAUGGAAACCGAUUUACACAAUGUUAUACGUAAAGGGAAUAUUCUGAAAGAUAUACAUAAACAAUAUAUUAUGUAUCAAUUGUUUAAAGCCACAGCAUAUUUACAUUCAGGUGAAGUGAUUCAUCGUGAUUUAAAGCCUUCAAAUGUUCUCUUGGAUUCUGAUUGUUCAGUAAAAUUGUGUGAUUUCGGUUUAGCACGUUCAUUGAAAGGACGUAGUAAAUGUGAAAAUGGCAGUGGGAAAAUCAAUUGUAAAACAUUGUUGCCUGCAUUAACUGAAUACGUCGCUACUCGAUGGUAUCGUGCACCGGAAAUUCUCUUAGCAUGUCAUGAUUAUACUAAAGGUGUUGAUAUAUGGAGUUUGGGAUGUAUAUUGGGUGAAAUGUUGAUUGGUACACCAUUGUUUCCUGGUACAUCCACUUUGGAUCAAAUUGGGCGGAUUAUUGCUGGAUUGCCAAAGUUGAGUAGAGAAGACAUGGAAAGUAUCAGAAGUCCUUAUAGUAUUUCAAUUUUAGAAAAAACACAUAUCAAACGUCGUCCAUUAGAGCAUAUAUUAAAAAAUGCAAAUAAAACUGUAAUGGAUUUAUUGAAUCAAAUGAUUAAUUUCAAUCCACAUAAACGUAUAGAUGCUUUACAUGCACUGAAACAUCCAUAUGUUCGCAAUUCGUUUAGAAAAUCAUUAUCUUCAUCUAAUUUAUCCCUGCCACAUUCAUCCUCACCAUUGUUGUCAGCUACUACAUUAAUUAAGAAUAAAUUUGAUCAAUCGAGCAAUAAUUUACUACAAUCUAAUCAAUCAUUAUUGCAUCAUUCUCAUGAUAGUUAUCAAUAUGCACAACAACAAACAACACUGAACAAUAAUUCAAUGUUGAAUUUUAAUUCAAAUGAACAAUUAAAUACCAAUGGUACAAUGAAUAACAACAGCUCAUUGAAUGAAAUGAAACAUCCAGAAACUCUAAUCAAUAAAUCUGAUCAACACUUUGACAAUUCAUCUCGUAAAACAUUGAUAUCAAUCAAUAAUAGAAUGAAUCAUUUAUUAACGCCUAAUUGUUCAACGUCAACAGCGGUAACCAUAGCAACGUCAUCAUCAUCAUCAUCAUCAUCAUCAUUAGACUGGUUAAAAUAUCAAUCUUCUACAUCGAUUAAAACAAAACCAUCUUUAUUAUCAACAGUCACUUCAACAUCAUCAUCAUCAUCGUCAACAUCACAUAAUUGGUUGAAUACAAAUGAUACUACUACUAAUACUACUCACACUAUCAAUGAACACAAUAAAACAAAAUUUACUACACUGAAUAAAAAUCAAAAAUAUAAUAAUAAUAAUAAUAAUAAUUUUAGUAAAUCAACAAAUAAUUUAUUUAAUCAUUUAAAUUCAUUGAAUAAUGAGAAUUCAUUGAACAGUGGACAUUUAACACCUAGUGCACAAAUUCAAACAACAAUAACAACAACAAUGAAUUUAAAUAAUAAUGAACAAAGCUCUAAAAGUAUAUCAGAAAAUAAAAUCAAUGAGUUGGAUGUACAAAAUCGACGAUUUGCUUCAGCUCCUUUAUUUUCUGCACCUUUAUUACCUGGUUGUGUAAUAAGAAAUCGACCAAUCAGUAAUACAACAUGUACAACUACUACUAUUACUACUAACAAUUCUUCUACUACUACUACUACUAGUAAUAUAUUUAAUUCAACUAAAUUUAAUUCAAAAUCAUAUUUAAUCGGUUCAAAUACUACUACUACUACUACUACUACUGGUGGUUCAUCAUCAUCAGUGAUACGAUUACAUUCAUCUAGUGAUUUAGAUAAUUUAUUUCAUGAUUAUAGACUACGUAGAACAUCAAAAAGUACAACGAUCAAUGAAACACUAUCAUCCAGCUGUAUUUCUUCCAGCGGUAACCAUGGUAACAAUAAUCGUUAUAAGAAUAUUGAUCAUCAUCAUCAUCAACAACAUUAUCGUCAACCGAAUACUCAUACUAACUUAACACAAUUUUAUCAUGUAAAUGCACAAUUGAAUUUCAGCGGAACUAAUGAUCAGUACAAUGAUUUAGGAAAAUCUUCCUUGAAGUGUAAACCAAUGACAGUAAUCACUACAACGACAACAGUAAGCAUACCGGCAUCUACUAUACUAAACACUGUCAUUGAGUCUUCAAGCAAUUCAAGAAUACAUUUAAACACAAAUAAUAAUCAAGUAAAUCACGUUAUUCGAACAAAUUUCCCAUCUGAUGGAACAACAACCAGUGAAGUAAAUAUUUGUGCAAAAUCAUAUCCCACACUUUUACCAUCUACUAAUUUAGGAUUUCAAUUAAACAAUACUACAUUGAAUAAAACAAAAAGUUCCAAUUUAAAACAACCACAUUUAAAUAUGCCUUCUAAGUUAGAUUGUACAAACAAAUCUAGUCUUGAUACAUUGACAAACAUACAAUAUACACCAUUUGUAAGUCGUAAUAGACAACGUUUAAUACCACAACAUUUAUUAUCACGUUUAAAAUCACUUAAAGAAAUUAAUAAUGGAGAAAAUCAUUAA